UUCUUACAAGCUUCACUUGUACGAAGUAGUUCAAGCUUUUCAGUAUCCAUGUCUAGUUUAAUGACGAUGUUGACGUGACGAAAUUCUGAAAAUAUUAUAGACUUCUUCUGAUCUAAAUUAUCUUUAUAAUGUUCCUAGUAGGCUUAACAGGUGGAAUAGCCACUGGAAAAAGUGCAGUGGCUGGUGUAUUUCGUGAACAUGGUAUACCCGUCAUUGAUGCCGAUGCGAUUGCCCGUAAAGUCGUGGAACCAGGAAAACCAGCUUGGUAUAAAAUAAAAAUGGAAUUUGGUUCUGAUAUACUUCUUAGUACAAAACAACUUGACAGAGCCAAACUAGGCGAUAUAAUUUUUAACGACGUUGAAAAAAGAAAAAAGUUAAAUGCUAUUACGCAUCCGGACAUAUAUAGAGAAAUAUAUUGGCAAACAUUUAAAUAUUUUAUACAGGGCUAUCCAUUUAUAGUUUUGGAAUUACCAUUACUCUUUGAAUCAGGACAUAUGUUGAAUUAUUUGCAUAAAAUUAUUGUUGUAACUUGCGAAGAAGAUCUACAAUUGCAAAGAUUAAUGGAACGUACGGGAUUUACAGAGUCUAAGGCAAAAUUAAGAAUAGAAGCACAAAUGUCUUUAGAAAAGAAAGCGGAUAUGGCAAACUUUGUAAUAGAAAAUUCGGGAACCGAACGUGAUACUAGAGAACAAACUAUUAAAGUAAUUAACGUGUUAAAAUGUUCGAAGUAUCAUUGGAAAUUACGUUUCAUAGUCGGUUUUUGUUGCACUGUUCUCUUAGCUGGUGCAUAUUGGUUAAGAAACAGAUCGUUUAAAUCGUUGUCAGCAACAGCAUAAAAAUAACGAUUAUAACAAAAGUUACAGCACGAAUUCUGAUAAGGAUGAGGAAUGUAUUAAGCCAAAUAUGUUAAUUUAAUCUUCCUAUUUUUAAAAGAAAUCCAAUAACUGCAUACAUAUAUGCAUUCAACACACUGCUAUUAAAUCACUGCUAUCUUCUUUUAUAUGUAUAUACAUAUAUAUAUAUUAGAGUAAAAAACGAAAUAUAUCGAAUCAUCGGUAAUUAAACAUACGUACUGAAAAAUGCAAGACAGUAUUCUUUGCAAUGAACGAUUACAGUACUGUACAUAUCAAAGAUUUAAGAAACCAAAAAUAAUGUUAUGUGUAUAAAUAGUAAUAUUACAAAUUACAAGCAACUUCCAUUUUGUAUACAAUUAAAAAUCCCAGAAACACAAGAAAAGUUAUACGAUUAUUACAGCAGAAGGAAUAUGUAGAAUGAAAAGUAACUUUGUAACAUUGUGUAUUAUGGCAUAACGCAUUUUUUAAAUAUCUUUUUGUUUUUAUCUGAAACAAAAAUUAUUAAUACUUUGGUUUUUACCAAAUAUAUCUUGUAGUAUAAUAUAUAUAUAUAUUUUUUAUCGACUAUUUUACGUAUUAAGAUUAUUAUUCUUUAUAUUUAAUUACUUAAUUGCAUUUAUGCUAUAUAAGCUGAAGUUAAAAUAUACUAUUAGAUUGUACUCAUAUCAAUGGAAGAAAAAAAAAAUGUAAUAUGUGGUGAUACGUUUAAUAAAAAUUCGGGAUUUUUGACAACAUAA